UCGCCUAUGGAGGAAGCACCGGAUGGAGGAAGAGCCGGAGGGGUGCCCCCCGGGCAAGAGGGCGGCGGCGGCGGCGGCGUGGCCGUGCUGCUCGGGGGCGACCCCCGGCCCGCCGGAAGCGCCCUGCGAGGAAAUGGAGCAGGUCGGGGCGGAGCAGCAGUGCGAGGCUGCCCGUCGGAGGCUGCAGGAGAUCGAGGACAGGAUCACCGAAGAAGAGGAGGAGGAGGAGGAGGAGGGACUUGCAGGCCGGCCCGAGGGCCACCUGCCCACCCUGGUCCUGUCCCGCACACUGCAAACCGGACUGAAGCAAGACUACGAAGGAAUCUUGACCAAGAAAAUAAUUGAGUCCAUGAGCCGUCCAUCAAUGGAGCUGGUGCUUUGGAAGCCUCUCCCUGAAUUUCUCCCUGAAAAAGAACGGCCGGCUUGUAUUAAGAGCUACAAGCCAUCGGUCCCACAAAGACACCUUGGAAAGCUAGCAGCCUUGGAAGCUGCCUUUCCCUCACAGACAGACAAAUUCCUGACACAGUCUCAGCAAGCAGAAAUGCCCUUGGCCCACUUCGAGGCAGUUGGAUCAAAUGGGCCUGCGGAAGAAGAGAUGGAGCUGUAGAAGAAGGGAACAAAGCAAGUUGCUUUACCUUUACUUCCGGGACAAGCAGAGAUGGAAAGGUGCCAUUCUAUAGGAAUCCACGGGCUUAAUUGUAAAUCUAAGGUGUGGGGAAGGCACUUGGGGCUCCUGAAAUAAGGUGGCUGGUUCUUUGUGUGCAGCUUGUCAUCUUUUUACACAGUGAGAUGCCAAACUUUAUGUCCCAUCCUUUAUGCCCAUUAAGCCUGAAGCCGUGUUUCCAGUCUAGAGUUUGGGUCUUUUUGAUUAAGAAAUUUGAUUGCCUGUGACAAAUACAGAAUUCUGCUACAGCCUUUCAAAUUUGAGCUGAGUAGGCAAGCCUGAGGUUCCUUUGGUUUAGCUAUUGGCAAGAAAUGUCUGUUCAGGCAUGGGGAUACAGAUUCGUCUUCACCAACUCAAGAUCAGUCGGUGUCAUUGACUUGCAGACUGACUGUUGUAUGAACAGAAAAUGUGAACCAUUGAGUCAGGAGAGAUUCACAAAAGGCCCCCUGUGCCCUGUGGUUCCUUUCUUGAGAAUCUCAGUGGGCACUAGUAGCAUUGAGGGAAAUAGAUCAUGGUUGUGGCAACCUAGCUGAGCACAGCUGUUGGUAAUGUGCCAGUUAAACAUCAGGCUGCCUAAGCUGCCAUAUUAUGCACUUUUUAGCUUCUUGUGUUCGAGGAGCCAAUUGGCAGCGUAGUGCUCUGAAAUUCUUGUAGCACCACUCUAAAUGAAAAUUAUUGCAGGAAUUUUUAUCUAUAGGAAAUAGUUUUUCUAGGAAAAGCUCAAGCUUUACACACUGCCUACGAGAAAGCCAAGAAAGAGGCAACAUCAAGUUUUUCCCCCUGUGAAGGACAAUUGAAAGUUUCUGCAUUUUGAGUUCUAUUUUCAAUUUUCUGCAGAUACUUUCUUGGUUCCAAACUGUAUUAGCUUUCAUAGCUAAUAAUCUUGUUGAAACUUAACAUUGUGCAGAUCUCAACUAAUCUAUUCUGUUUACAACUCAUUUCUUUAUAUUGCUACUUUGUGAAGUUGCCUCUGCUUUUAAGUAACCUUUUCAUUUAGCAAGUGCCUCUCUUCUGUUUGAGUAGCAAGCUGGCGUCACUCUUAAAAGUUUGUAAUCUUAAAUUAGGGAAGGAGCCAGACAACCCUUAUGUGUGCUGAGAUCAGAAACCAGCUCUCCCAGGGAGAGCACAGCAAGUGCCAAGCAACCACAGGUGGGAAUUGGCUUUGCUUACAAUCUGCAAAACCGAAAUCUGACUUUUAUCACAGCUGUUUCAGGUUUAUGUUGGUUAGAUUUUGCUCUGGUAUAAGAAAGGAAAAAAGGGAUGUCUGUUUCUUCAAUUGUACAUAAAGUAACCUCUCCAAUUGUUGGAUUGGCCUUUGAAAUUACCCACCCUCCCUCACUCAUGGAGGGAUAAAAAAAAUCUUUCGAGUGUAUCCAAAAGUGUAACUUUGAGGGAUGGAUGGGCACCCAUUGGUGGAAAAAGAAUUGCUUAAGAUAGUGCUGGAGAACCUUUCUGUCCUUGUGUGCCAAAAUUGUGUGAAGAAAGCCUCCAGAACCUGGAGAGGGUGAAAAACGGAACUUCUACUGGAAGUUCGGAAAUGGACUGUCUUCCCGGAGGCCCUCCACAGAAGCUGGAAACAGUCUGUUUCUGAACUUCCAGUAGGCCAGGAAAUUCCAUUUUUUGUCCUCCCCAGGCUCAGGAGGCUUUCCUGGAGUGGGGAGAGCCAAAACUGCCUCCCCCGGCUCUCCAGAGAGGUCAAAAAUCAGCAGGCUGGCACGCAUGCGUGCUGGAGCUGACAUAGGGCAACGGCUCACGUGCCACCUGUGGCAUGUGUGCCAUAGGUUCGCCAUCACGGGCUUAAGAGAUGGGAAUUCUGGGAGUGUUUCUGUUGGAUAGUUAAUAUAGAAACCAGCAACACUGCAUUGUGGUCUGUCUGCCAUUGGGCCAAAUCACAAUUUGUAUGUCAAUAAACAUUUUUUUAAAAAGCAUGUGUAAAAUGAUGCAGAUUGCUAACAAGUACUAAAGAUUUGUCAAUACCUUUUA